AUGGCAGCUCUCUACACGUUAAUCUCCUCCACUCGACUCUCCGUCUCCCUCCCAAACCAUCAUCACUUGCUACCCACGCGCCGUCGUUUUCAUUUGCCCUUAGCAACUCUUGCCUCAUCAUCUCCAGAGUCAUCAUCGGCAUCAUCGACCCCUAGCUCGAUUCCCGUUGUCAACGGUAACACGUUGUCAACUUCUUAUGCAACUACCGAUAAGGUUGUUGUGGAUGAUAACUCCCCAUUUGCUCGCUUCUUCCGUUCCACCGAAUCCACCGUCGAGAGGAUCAUAUUUGAUUUCCGGUUCCUGGCACUCUUGGCAGUAGGUGGUUCGCUGGCUGGUUCGCUACUCUGCUUCCUCAAUGGGUGCGUCUAUGUCAUGGAAGCAUAUAAAGUCUAUUGGACUAACUGUGUCAAAGGCAUCCACAAGGGCCAAAUGGUUUUACACCUCGUCGAAGCCAUUGAUGUUUAUCUGGCUGGGACAGUUAUGUUAAUAUUUAGCAUGGGUUUGUAUGGACUUUUCAUCAGCAACUCCCCUUCUGAUGUCCCUCCUGAAUCCGAUCGUGCCCUUAAAGCCUCUUCUCUAUUUGGAAUGUUUGCAAUGAAAGAGAGACCGAAAUGGAUGAAGAUCAGCUCACUGGAUGAGCUCAAAACCAAAGUUGGACAUGUUAUUGUCAUGAUCCUUCUUGUGAAGAUGUUCGAAAGAAGCAAGAUGGUUACCAUCGCCACUGGACUUGAUUUGCUAAGCUAUUCCGUUUGUAUCUUCUUGUCCUCUGCUUCUCUCUAUAUCCUCCAUAACCUCCACAAAGGAGACCACUAA